AUGAAGGGGGCAACGUCGUCGAUGGGUCAUUUGUUGAUGCUGCUUGCCGGUGCCGGGCGCUGCCUCAUCCGUCCUCGUUCCGUUCCUGGCGUGCCAGCUCCAAAAAAUUUUAGGCAUAAAUGCAAAACUCAGCGUGCUGCUCACAUUUCCCACAGCUGCCUUCCUGUUCUUUUCUUGGGCUACAUUUACUGUGUGUAUGUAUGUAUGUGUGAGACACCAUACCCUACGAAUCACCAUCGGCAGCAUCUCAUCAACCAGCCGAUGGGUGUUUUGAGGUCCUCCCCUUCCCCUCUUCGCUUCCCACUUGUCUCGUUGUUUCCAAUUUCGACCUCUGCUGCGACAGUACGUGGCGUCACAGCAAGAGUACCUCAGGGUCCAGAUGUUGAAGCGCCGCUUAUUUGGCAUUUGGGUUUCAAUGGAAAUGAAGAAAUUCAGGAAGUGGAUUAUGUAGAAGCGGAAGUUGAAAGCACGGAUACGGUAGAACCUCAUCUGGAUGAACUCUUCGGUGAAAAGCUAUUAAUUGCGAAGUUUUGCUUAGCAGAUGCAUUAGAUAAGCCAACUUCACUUUCUAACAUGGCUAUUGUUGGAAGCAAUGAAAUGACUACUCCACCUGGAACAGUUAUCAAUAAACAAGCCAAACGUCGUACAUCAGUAAUACUGCGAAGUAUCGGAAAGAAUAUUAAUAAAACACAGCAAUCAUUACAGUCAGCAAAUGUUAAAAUGGGUGAUUCUUUCAAGCGCCCCGAUUCGCAACAAACGUUUGUCCUCGAAAAUAGCCGUCGUCGCCCAUUGGUUGCACGCGAUCCAUUUAAAAUUGGUUUCGUUUUCAAAUGA